GUCUCAAAAACCAACUGUCAAAUAUGACUGAAUCACUUGCAAAGGCUGAGGACAAGGUUCAGACUCAGCUGGUUAUGCUCACCACACAGGAGCAGGAGAGCACUCACCAAAAGGAGCUGCUCCAGCAACAACUGUCAGCUUCUGAGGAAGAGCUAAGGAAGAAGAAAGAGGAGAUCCAAGCCAAAGAGGAACAGAUUACACUGCUAAAGACUGGCAGUGCAAAGCAGUCAGAAAUACUACAUCAAGACAUCCAAGAUUUAAAGAAACAAGUUGAGUGUCUUAGUUCCUCGCUGAGAAAUGCUGAGGACACUUUGCAAUUCAAGGAAAACCUGUUUGCUGAACAGCAGCUACAGAGCACCCAGGACAAGGAAGCACUCCAGAUGCAGAUGGUAGCAUCUCAAGAUGAGGUGAAGAGGCUAAAUGCAGAGAUUGACACAAAGGAGGAGCAGUUAAUUCUGUUAAAGACUGAGACUUCUACACACUCUGAAUCGCUACAACAGGAGAUCGAAAGUCUGAAUAAACAGAUUAAAAAUAUGAGCAUUUUUCUUGAACUUGCCAAAGAACAGGUUCAAGCCAAAGAAGAUUUGAUGGCCAAGCAGGAGCAGGAGAGAACUCUGCAGAUUGAGGAACUUAGAAAGCACAGUGCAGUUCUUGAGGAGGACAUCAGUCGGUUGAAGGAGGAGAUCCAAACUAAAGAGGGCAAGGUAAACCUGUUGAAGGCU